AUGUACCUGCUCGAUGUGGAACCGAGACUGGCAAAUUAUGUUAACAAUGCUGCUGAAGGAACCCCAUAUCUUUCUGCAGCCUAUGGUCAUGAACAAGUUCUUGAGAAGAUCCUAACCUCAGAUGUUUCCUACAGCUUAAGUGCGCCAGCUGGGUUGACUCCACUACACGCAGCAAUACACAACUGCACAGAGGAUGUUGUUAGACUAUUUCUAGAUAAACACCCAGAACUAGCAAGGAAAGCAGAUCGACGCAGGCAAAAUGCUUUGUACUAUGCAGCAGUAGCAGACAAAGAGGGACAUGUAGAGGUAAUACUUAAGACAGAGAAAUCAUGUGCAUACCUACGUGACGAGAAAGGUCUUAGUCCUUUACUUAUUGCAGCCAGCCUUGGCCAGUUAAAAGCUGUUCGUGCAAUUCUUCUCCAUUGUCCACAGUCAAUUACAAUUUGUGACCCUAAUGGCAAAACUGUGCUGCACCUUAUGAAAUUGGGAAGUUAUCAAGAAGGUACAGAAAUGCUCAGUAUUCCAGCACUGAAGAGGCUCAUUAAUAUACCAGAUAUAGAAGGAAAUACUCCUUUACAUCUAGCAGCAAGGAACUCUGACCACAUUAUGGCCAAGGUGAUACUAGAUACUGAUAAGACAGGAAUUAAUCUGAGGAAUAAAGAAGGUUACACUCCAUGGGAUUUAAUCAAACUACAAGAACUUUCUGAAAACAUGGCAGAAAUAGGAUACCAGCUAGUAAUGCAUUUAGAUGACAAACAAACACCUAGUCAACCUCAAGUGAUCAACCAAACAACACUUUGUCCAGAAAAUGCUAACGAAAGAAUGCAGAAAAAGUUCAGCACACUUGGAAUCAUAGCUGUAAUUUUAGCAGCUAUCACCUUUGCAGCAGGAUUCUCAAUCCCUGGUGGAUUUGAUCAGCGUGGAUACGCUGUUCUGACACUGGAUACAGUUUUCAAGGUGUUCAUGCUGUCAAAUACAACUGCUAUGUGUGGCUAUACAUUUGUGCUAUUCAGUACUCUGUGGGCAAUGAUGCUUGCUCAGCGAGAUGAUCAGCCAAGAUUUCUUCUGCCUUUCAGCAUCCAUAUCCUUCAACUAUCUUUCUAUGCAACCUUGAUAGCUUUUGUGAGCAGUGCUUAUGCUCUGACAUCAGCUCGGUCACUAUGGCUGGCCAUUGUACUAGUGUGUUUACCUCCAUGUGCAGUUUUACUAACUAUUUCAAAAUCCGUUGUAUUUCGCCUAGCAAGAUUUUUUUCCAGGCUUCGGAUUUAUAAAAAUAGGAUCUGUAGCAUUUGUUCUAGGACCUUACAUCUGAUCUGAUUCCUAAUAAUAUAAACAUACCACUAUGGAUCUGUCCAGACAGUUUGCAAUUUUGGACACCAUGAAAGACAUGAGAUAAAUAUGCUCUUCUUUUUGGUAUUAACCAAUAAAAUAAUCAGUUCCUCAAUCAAUGUUUCAUACCAGAAACCCAUGAUUCUGGUUCUUACACUAGAAACCCAUAUUAUACCAUAUAUAGAAAAAACUUCAGUCACACACUUUCUGAGCAGUUGCCACACAACUCUGAUAAAUCACAAGGAGCUAGCAGUUAUCUCGAAAAUCAUAGAAACUAGGAAAAAUAUUAAUCACAAAGAGCUAGCAGUUAUCUCGAAAAUCAUAGAAACUAGGAAAGAUAUUAAUCACAAGGAGCUAGCAGUUAUCUUAGAAAUCAUACAAAACUGGGAAAAAUACGAAUUAUUAAUCACAAGGCGCUUCACGAAUUAAAAAUAAGAAAACUACAGGAUGCUCCAAGUCACUCUUUUAGUUCUCAUAGGUCUCAACACAAGACUACAUUUCUAUCUCAUCAAAAUCUUUCAUUCUAAAAACUCUUCCAACUACUCUAGCUACCCAUAACAAUUAACAUGUCUAAAUCUACCCAUCAACACAUACCAAUCAAUGGCUCAUUACAAGAUGAUCUACGAUUCCAAAAAAAGCCCGAGGAAGGUAAUAUAUUUCUAGGUCCCCUCGUAUACAGAGUACAGCUCAGUGCAAUAAGUUUUCUGAUUCAUUUGGUUGUUCUGACUGAUUCAUUUUGCCAUUUUUUCUGACUUCAAAAUUGGUUGUUCUGUUUCUAUUGGUUUUCUGCUGAUAUAAGCUUCUGUUUCUAUGUGUAUUAAGAUGGUUCAAGCUCUUAUUUGUUCACAAGAUUGGUUAAGAGCAAAAGGAUUGCCAAUUAUUGAUGUGGAGGAAACUUUGAAAGAGUUAGAGGAAAUCGAGAAAAGUAGUUAUGUUAUUAAGCACUUUUACUUAUUUAUUUUAUUAUUACUUAUUAAUUAUCAAUACAAUCUAAUAUAAUCUAUUUCCGUUUUGAUUUAGAUGUGCAAUGUGGCGAUGUAGACAAUGAAGUCGUAUUUGUAGACUCGUUGGUGUGAUUCGUUUGAAGCGUGUGAUUGAAGGGAGAUAAGAAGAUCAAGCAUACAAUCUAAUAUAAUCUAGUUUGGACUUUAAGUACUUUAUUUGAGGGGAGGACUUUAUGUAACUUGUUAAAUAUGUUUUAUAUAACUAAGUUUUGGACUUAAAAAAAGGGCAAUAGUUUGUCCAAAAUAUGUUUUAUAAACAGGUCAUGAAACAGGUCCAGAAUCAAGUUCAAAACAGGUCCAAAUUCAUGUUCAAAACAGGUAAAAAAAAAGGCCUUUAUAAAGGAUAAAAGCAAACCGGUCCAAACAGGUCCAGACCAGGACCGGACCCGGACCGGCAGGGACAGGUCUAACACCGGUCCACGCAUGCCGGUCCAAACCUAAUUAUUAUUUAUACUAUCAUCUUCAGUAGCAAUAACUGUAGUUUCUUCAAAAACAUAAAAUUAUGAUAAAUUUUAACAGCACAGGAGAAAUAAUCCAGAGAAAACAAAAGAAAUUAUACAAAACAAUUCAUAUUAAGAGAAUAUCUUCAACAAUCCAUCAAACUUCCAUAUAAUUCUCAGAAAUCUAUAACGUAAACAAAAUAAAAAACCCUAAAUUUGUUCAUGGUAAAA